AGAUCCCGUCUUUUGGAAUUUCUUUACCUCUAGGCCUCAAAACUUUUCUGGAUCCUGAUACUUUUGAGUUUGGGGUGCAGGAUGGAAUUCUUUUUAGGGGACAUCCACGUGCACACCCAUGUGGUUACUAGGGUGACCAACUCGCGGUUUUAGCAGUGGAAGCCUUUUAUCCCAGUCUCCUAAGUCCCUGGCAAACCAAGACGGUUGUUAAGUUCUGGUCAACCUGACUGUUACCCCAUGUUCUGCCUUAGUGACUGUUCACACCACCCAGGUAGAUGCAGACAUAGCAAAGGAAACCCAGUCCUCAGGGUCACGCCAGGGCCACCAAAACGGGUUGGGUUGGGGUUGGAGCUCUGGACUUGGGGGCCAGGUAUGCUUAGAGUGUCUAGUCUAGGGUGGAAGAAGGAAGGUCACUGACAGAAUGGAAAUGGGGAGCAGCUUGGGAGAGGAGGCAAAGACAGUCCAGUUUGUGUCAGAAGGAUCCUCUGAUUGGCCCCAGAGCUUCUUGCAGAGGCUUCCUCUUGCCCUCACGCAUGGGGGAAGAGGGUCCCUAACUUCCUCUGUUACAUAUUUCCCGACUCACACACCCUCUGUGGUCAGAAAGCCCUUCCUCCACUCUCCCCACUUGCUGUGGUUUCAGUCCAUUUCUUUUCGUCAUAUCCUCCGCCUGACAGCUACUGGGUGAACUCUGCUCUGGCUUUUCUCAAAGCAGACAAAGUGGGGGCACUGCAAAGGGUGAGGAAGUUCCGUGACCACUAUUACACUCCGCACAUUUCCUGAGAGUGACAGAGUUGGAAGGGAAGCAGAAAGGCUCAUGGUCAGAUCGAAGGAAAGACUUUUCAGUUCUUAGCUCCUGCAGGAGAGUUCAAGAAGAGGAGAAAAGGGAAGAGGGACCCUUGCCAUGGCCCUGGUUUCCCCUCUUGGCAGGGCAGGCAUGAAGCACCUUCUCCCUCACUCCCUCAUGCCUGUUCCCUAUGCUCAGCCUCUACUUCUAUAUGGUGGGACUGGACAGUUGGCUGUGGGGAGGUAGGAAAAAGGCAGUGCUGACCUUGCCCAGUGCCCAGAUUUUAAAUCCAAACUCAUGUGUCAGGGUAGCCACAUGGGCAAGCACAAGGCAAAUGGUUGGGGGAAGGGGAAGAAACUGGCAUUCUGUGUGAUACUAAGGAGACCCUUUGGGCUUUGGCUUCUACCAAGAGAAGGGAAAAUUGAUUGCCCUAGAAUGGAACCAACCCUUUUCAGUGAAGGGAGCGAUUGGGGUGCUGGAAGAGGGACUUCUCCCUCCAAUUCCACUCAUGGCUUGAACCCAAGCCAAGAACAAGGUGCUGACCUCUUUAAGUCAUGAUGUUACAACCCAAACCUGGAACCUAACCACAGCUGUAACCUACAUUUCCUAUUACUCUAAAAAUCUACUUGUUCAUACAAAUUACUGUAUAAAUAUACUCAACAUUCUGCCAUCCCAAUCCAAGCCAAAUCCCCUUUCUGGCUUCCCUCCCUCCUCCUCCUAUAUGACACACGUUAUUAUUCUGUUCAAUGAUCCAGUCUAGACCUGCAUAUGAGGCCACACCCCAGCCUACUCACUCCUGUACCCCUCUUUCCCCUCUCCCUUCCCAUUCUUGGGCGCUUCUCAUCUGGUCCCACCCCUGAGGGUUCUCCUUCCUACUGGCCUUUUCUAGAAUACAAAGACUAUCCUCCCUCCUACUGAAGGGAAGGGAGGGGGCAGGAGUUUCAGCCCCACCCUCAGGAAGAUGUGUCUUCCCCCUGCCCUGUGGUACUUCCUCUCCGGCUGACUUAGCUGACAGCAUCCAGACCUGGGUCCAGACCCCUGGCACCGAGACAGAUCUGGGGAUAGGCUACACCACUCUGCCCUGAUCCUGGGAUUGGCGCCAGCUUCCAACCAGUACCCAGCAAAGCCAAUCCUUGCAAUGGCCACGAACACUACAUCUCCUGCAGGACCCACCUCCCUAGGUGUCAUGGCUAUCACCCUACUGUCAUUGGCUCUGGCGGUGGGGGUCCCUGGCAACAGUUUUGUGGUGUGGAGCAUCCUGGUAAAGAUGCGAAAGCGCUCUGUCACUGCCCUGCUGGUGCUGAACUUAGCCCUGGCUGACCUGGCCGUCUUGCUCACUGCCCCCUUUUUCCUCCACUCCGUGGCCCGAGGCACCUGGAUUUUUGGAGUGACUGGCUGCCGCCUGUUCCACUAUGUCUGCGGAGUCAGCAUGUAUGCCAGCGUCCUGCUGAUCACGGCCAUGAGUCUGGACCGCUCGCUGGCGGUGGCCCGCCCCUUUGUGUCCCAGAAGCUGCGCACCAAGGCGGUUGCCAGGUGGUUGCUGGCAAUCAUCUGGGCGGCGUCGGUCCUGCUGGCCACGCCCGUCAUCGUAUACCGCACCGUGGCACCUUACCCGAACAACAGGAGCCUAAUCUGCUUCCCGAAAUACGACACGGAAAGACACCGGGCCUUCCACCUGCUCUUCGAGGCCCUCACCGGCUUCCUGCUGCCUUUCCUGGCCGUGGUGGCCAGCUACUCCGACAUCGGGCGCAGGCUGCGGGCCCGGCGCUUCCGCCGCAGCCGCCGCACCGGCCGCCUGGUGGUGCUCAUCAUCCUGACCUUCGCGGCUUUCUGGCUGCCCUACCACAUGGUGAACCUGGCCGAGGCCGGCCGCGCGCUGGCGGGCAAGGUCGCGGGGAAGGGGCCCGUGGGGUCGCGGCUGCUCCUGGCCCGCCGUGUGCUCAUCGCGCUGGCCUUCCUGAGCAGCAGCGUGAACCCCGUGCUGUACGCGUGCGCCGGAGGCGGCCUGCUGCGCUUGGCCGGCGUGGGCUUCAUCGCCAAGCUGUUGGAAGGCACCGGCUCCGAGAUGUCCAGUACCCGACGCGGGGGCACCCUGGGCCAGACGGUGAGGGGCGCCCCCGCCCCCAAUGAGCCUGGCCCGGCCGAGAGCCUCACUGCCUCCACCAACCCUCUCGAGUGAAGCAGGCCCGGGGGAGGGGUGGUGGUGGUGGAAGGACACUUGCUUUCCUCCUGGCGGAAUGCCCCACGCUGGCCUGACCCAAUUCUGCACCUCCAGGAGAAGGCGUGUCGGGGUGGAGCGGAAGAAGAGGGAGGGGAGGGGCAAGUAGGGGCAGAGUCAGCGCCUGGGCAGCUUUGCAAUUAAAACCGAAGUCUGAAAUUGGGUUAA